GAAGAGCAGCGAGGUUGGGGAGGCCUGGGCCAGCAGCAGCAGUCAUAUAUUGCAGUGCACAAUACACCACGGCAAAAUGUACCGACUCACCGAUUGCUGUCUAGUCUACGUGAAGCGGUACUUCUCCUCACUGCCAAUCGUCUCACUAGUCCGUGACGGACACUGGCGAUGGCUGUGACUGCUUCUGAUGAGCUCGGUUCCGAGGCGUGUGCUCCGAUGGGGAAGUUGCAAGCGAGAUCUCGAGAUUGGCAGAGAUGACAGCAGCAAAAGAAGCUUAUGUACACAAGAUGUACAGCUACUUAUCUACUCAACUGCCUCAGUCAUCAUGGACACUCGGGACACGCAUGCAUUCAGUGCAGACCACAGCUCAGGUGGACUUGCUAGACUGCUCGGCCAACAGCCAUCUUCCGCCGCAGACCAGGAUGCCAGCACAGUGCCAGGCCUUGCUGCAUCAGAGUCACGCGAACAGCACCUGGACGCGUCUUCAUCUGCAGACUUCAACCAGGAGGCAUUUUCAGACGUAGAGAUGACUUCAGAUAAUCUCACUGCCCCUGAACAGUCGCACAAAGGGACCGCACCAGAGCGCCCACCGACACGCAGCCGCACCAAUACCUUGACGCGCGUCACGCUCGAUACUGACAGCUCUGUCCAACAAGCAAGGUCUGCCGCGCCCUCUCCGCCUCCGCAGCGAUCGCAUCAAACAGACGGCAAGGGCAGGCCUAAACGGCCCGCCGCUCUAGAUCUCACAAGCGCAGCAAUCUCUCCUCCAGGCGCACCAAAGUUGAAUGAUGUUUCGACGCCGCUUCCAUGGGGCGAGGCGCUGCCUACGCCGCGUAUCGUUGAACACAGUCAGGCUUCGUUCAAUCGGUCAAUUCCGGGAUCGCGUAUCCCGUCUGGCAUGGCCAGAACACCUGUGGGCUCGCCCCUCUCUGUCGGGCUCGUUCAAGCAUACGACGAUCAAGAUCCUCGUUUCGCUCGUCGAUCAUGAACAGACGGCUCUUUGCGACGGCAGCGAUGCUUCGGAUGUCUCAGGAUAGGCACAUCUUCCGACGCAACAUCACUGCCUACGACCAGCUCAUUUCGGCUAGCUGGACCCCCGCAGCUAACAGGGAGAAUAUGUUCGUCCAGUUCUGUUUGCCUGCAUACAAACAUUUGGCUUUUGCAGUCUCCUGGCACACUUCUACAGCCUUCU